AUCCAAUAAAUACCGUGGACCCCACCAAACAAAAAAUAAAUAAAUAAAAAAGCCCAAAAAUCCUGCCAUUUGGCGCUACGUUACGUUUCUUCCUCAACUCUAUUUCUCCCUGUGACGGUGCGGUUGAAUCCUACACUACGCCACCACACCACACCACCAGACAAUCAAAAGAAUGGCUGAUGGAGAUGAAAACUUGCCAAAAGAUGCGAAGACGAUUAUAUCCCUGCUGAAAUCCGUCGGUAUUGACAAUUAUGAACCUCGUGUCGUACGCCAGUUUCUAGAACUUUAUUAUCGUACUGCUGUUGAAUUAAUAACGGAUGCACAAACCUACUCGAACCAUGCUGGGAAGGCUCUUGUUGAUCAAGAUGACGUAACACUUGCGAUCAAGUCUAAAAGCUAUUUCAGCUUCACUGGUCCCCCUCCACCCGAGGUCAAAGAUGCGGCAAUGAAGGUCAACAGCAAACCGAUUCCAAGGCCACUAAAUGGGCCGUCGCUUCCUCCAGCGUGGGACACGCUGAUUGCUUCAAGCCACCUGAUGAAAAUCCAAAAGAACCGAUCAAGUGAAGUGGUUGAAGAACAAGAGGUGGAAGAUAAUGUUGGUAAAAGUGUUGACAAUGCAGCGGAAACAUCGCAAGAAAUGAGGACUAAUGUGCUGCCAGGAACCCGUCAACGUGUUUCAUUUCCCCUUGGUUCGAUCCGCCGUAGGUAAUCUUUAUGGCAGAAGCGUACUUUAAGCUUAUGUCUACCGACUUGAAUAGAUGUGCAUGCUUAAUACAGAAAGUUUGAUGUAUACUUGGAAUGGUUAAUGUUUUUACAUGGUAUAUGCUUUCUGUUUCCUUAAA